CUGCACUGCAAGCAGUCAUUAUAUAUACACACAACAACUGUACCUGUAAAAAGCAGUUGCAAUUCACAGAAAGAGAGACGGAGAGAGAGAUAGAGAUAGAGAGAGAGGAGAGUAGCAUAUUAGAAUCAAUCGAGCAGCUGAUACAAGAGAAUAUUCCUUUAUCUGUUAGAUAACACCUUCUUGCACACAUAAAAACACGCUUGUUUUGUGUCGUCUCCCAUUCAUCAUCAUCAUCAUCAUCAUCAUCUUGGGCGGUGGUGCCUGUCUGUCUUUAUCUGGACGGGCAUUGCCUUUCACUUUUCUUAUCUUCACUCCCUUCGCAUCCCCUUGCUACAAUUUCAUUCAAGAGAGAGAGAGAGAGAGAGAGUUCUUGAUAUUGCGAGAGAGAGAGUUCUUGAUAUUGCAGGAGAGAGAGAGAGUUCUUGAUAUUGAAGGAGAGAGAGAUGGUGAUACCGGAGGAGCCAGAUCAAGUAAUCAAGCAAAGAGAUGGAUCGGUACUGGGGAAGAAAACUAUUCUGAAAAGUGACCAUUUCCCUGGCUGUCACAAGAAACAUUUAUCCCCUCAAAUUGAAGGCGCCCCCAAUUUUCGUCAGGCUGAAUCAUUUCAUGUUUAUGGUGUUGCAAUUCCAACAACUGAUGGAAUCCGAAACCUUCUUGACCAUAUCGGGGCUCAAAGAAUUGGGAAGCAAACACAAGUUCUCUGGAUUAAUCUUCGUGAGGAACCGGUGGUGUAUAUCAAUGGACGCCCGUUUGUAUUGCGUGAUGUGGAAAGACCCUUCUCCAAUCUGGAACACACGGGUAUCAACAGGUUUAGGCUUGAACAGAUGGAGGAUCGGCUAAGGGAAGAUAUCCUGCAAGAAGCAUCAAGAUAUGGGAAUAUGAUCCUCGUAACUGAUGAGCUACCAGAUGGUCAAAUGGUAGAUCAGUGGGAGCCUGUGACACAAGAAUCUGUGAAAACACCGUUGGAGGUCUAUUUGGAACUCCAGAACAGAAGUUAUAUGGUUGAUUAUGAGCGUGUUCCUAUAACAGAUGAAAAAUCACCAAAGGAGCAGGAUUUUGAUACUCUGGUUCAUAGAAUCUCGCAAGCUGAUACAGAGACGCAGAUAAUUUUUAAUUGUCAAAUGGGACGUGGAAGAACGACAACUGGGAUGGUGAUUGCUACAUUAAUAUAUCUACAUCGGAUAGGAUCUUCAGGUAUCACGAGGACAAGUUCACUUGGAAAGAUUUCUGACUAUUGUUCUAAUGUUGCUGACAAAAUGCCGAAUUCAGAGGAAGCAGUAUCUAGAGGAGAGUAUACUGUAAUCAGAAGUUUAAUACGGGUUUUGGAGGGUGGUGUUGAAGGAAAAAGGCAAGUAGACAAAGUCAUUGACCAAUGCUCCUCUAUGCAGAACUUGCGUGAAGCUAUUACAACUUAUCGCAACAGCAUUUUGCGUCAGUCUGAUGAGAUGAAGAGAGCGGCCCUGCUGUCCUUUUUCGUGGAGUACUUGGAAAGAUAUUAUUACCUUAUAUGCUUUUCUGUAUAUCUUCAUACAGAGAGGGCAGCGCUUGAACCAGGAUCCUCCAGUCACUGCAGCUUUUAUGAAUGGAUGAAAUCAAGGCCAGAACUAUAUACCAUUAUUCAAAGGUUGCUAAGAAGAGACCCAAUGGGUGCGCUUGGUUAUGCAAAAACGAAAACAUCUACUAUGAAACAUGCGGAGUCUGUUGAAGGUCGUCCUUCUGAUAUGGAAACUAUUGCAGGCUCAAGGCAUGGAGAGGUUCUAGGAAGUCAAACUGUUCUUAAAAGUGAUCACUGUCCUGGUUGUCAACAUCCUCGUUUACCAGAAAGAGUAGAGGGUGCCCCUAACUUUCGAGAAAUUCCUGGUUUUCCAGUUUAUGGUGUUGCAAAUCCAACCGUUGAUGGAAUAUUAUCUGUUAUCCAUAGGAUAGGUAGCUCUAAAGGUGGCCGCCCGAUUUUCUGGCAUAAUAUGAGGGAAGAACCAGUAAUCUACAUUAAUGGGAGACCAUUUGUUCUCCGUGAGAUUGAAAGACCAUACAAAAACAUGCUUGAGUACCGGGGCAUUGAUCGUGAUAGAGUGGAAGGAAUGGAAGCUCGAUUAAAGGAUGAUAUUUUGCGAGAAGCUGAACGCUACCAUGGAGCUAUAAUGGUCAUUCAUGAAAGUGAUGAUGGGAAAAUAUAUGAUGAAUGGGAGCAUAUAAGCUCUGAAGUAGUUAAGACCCCACUUGAAGUCUUCAAAGGGUUGGAGGCUGAUGGUUUUCCAAUCAAAUAUGCUAGGGUGCCUAUCACUGAUGGUAAAGCUCCAAAGAGUUCUGAUUUUGACACAUUGGCCAUGAAUAUAGUAUCUGCUCCCAGAGACGCAGCUUUGGUCUUUAAUUGUCAGAUGGGUCGCGGAAGGACAACCACCGGUACCGUCAUUGCUUGCCUUCUAAAGCUUCGUAUUGACUACGGGAGACCAGUUAGAGUAUUGCUCGAGGAUUUAUCAAGUGAAGAGGCAGAUGAUAAUGUAUCAAGUGGUGAAGAAACUGGAGGCACGCCUCGUGGAGAAGCAAGUCAUACUUUUGGGAUAAAUGAUAUCCUCCUAUUGUGGAAGAUAACAACAUUGUUUGAUAAUGGUGUGAAAUGUCGGGAGGCCUUAGAUGCUAUCAUUAAUAGAUGUUCUGCUCUGCAGAACAUCCGUCAAGCAGUCCUGCAGUACAAUAAGGUAUUCAAUAAACAACAGGAUGAGCCAAGGGAAAGGAGAGUGGCACUGAGUCGUGGUGCUGAGUACCUUGAGCGUUAUUUUCGCCUUAUUGCAUUUGCAGCAUAUCUUGGAAGUGAAGCAUUUGACGGAUAUUAUGAAGAAGGGAAAGCGAAAAUGACAUUUAAGAAUUGGCUUCAUCAAAAACCGGAAGUUCAAGCAAUGAAAUGGUCAAUCAGAUUGCGGCCAGGACGAUUCUUUACUGUCCCUGAAAAGUUGAGAACACCUCACGAAUUUCAGCAUGGUGAUGCAGUUAUGGAAGCAAUUGUCAAAGAUCGUAAUGGUUCUGUUCUGGGCAAAGGUUCUAUACUUAAGAUGUACUUCUUUCCUGGUCAAAGAACUUCCAGCUCAAUACAAAUCCACGGUGCGCCUCAUGUCUUCAAGGUGGAUGGGCAUCCUGUGUAUAGCAUGGCAACUCCCACAAUUGCUGGCGCAAAGGAGAUGUUAGCUUACUUAAGUGCCAAACCCUCUGUUAAUGGGAGUAAUGCGGAAAGAGUGAUUCUGACCGACCUGAGAGAAGAAGCUGUUGUUUACAUUAAUGGCACACCUUUUGUCCUUAGAGAACUAAAUAAGCCUGUUGAUACUCUGAAGCAUGUGGGAAUAACUGGUCCAGUGGUGGAACAUAUGGAGGCCAGGCUAAAAGAAGAUAUAAUAUCUGAGAUCAGACAGUCUGGUGGUCGUAUGCUUUUACACCGUGAAGAAUAUAAUCCCACAUUAAAUCAAGCCAGUGUCAUAGGAUAUUGGGAGAAUAUCUUUCUAGAUGACGUAAAGACACCUAGUGAGGUGUAUGCUUCUCUGAAAGAUGAUAGGUUUAACAUAGCAUAUAGAAGAAUACCGUUAACUAGAGAGAGAGAAGCCUUAGCGUCUGAUAUUGAUGCAGUGCAGGAGUGUAUGGAUGACUCUGCAGAGUCCUAUCUUUUUGUAUCACACACAGGUUUUGGGGGGGUUGCAUAUGCAAUGGCCAUUAUCUGUAUAAGACUUGAAGCCGAAGGCAAGUUGGCAUCUAAUAUUCCCAGACCACUUGUUGGAUCUUCACAUCUUUCUGCAGAGGAAGCACACAGGAUGGGUGAUUAUCGUGAUAUCUUAAGCUUGACAAGAGUUCUGAUACAUGGUCCAGAGAGCAAAGCAGAUGUUGAUGCUGUUAUAGACAGGUGUGCAGGUGCUGGGAAUUUGCGCGAUGACAUCCUCUAUUCUAUUAAAGAACUUGAAAAGUUACCAGUGGGGGAUGAUGAACAUCGAGCUUACCUAAUGGAUGUUGGUCUUAAAGCAUUAAGACGCUAUUUUUUCCUUAUUACAUUCAGAUCCUACCUUUACUGCAAUUCAGCAGCUGGGAUGAGGUUCACCACCUGGAUGAAUGCAAGGCCAGAACUCGGACAUCUUUGUAGUAACCUCAAAAUUGUGUAGAUGCUGUAAAAAUGACAUGUACAGCUUCAUAGGUUCUAGCAUGAGCAAAGCUUACCUCUUCUCAGGUAUAUCAUAUACGUAGUCCGAUGUACAGCUGGCGAAGUUUGCUCCCUUUCUCAUAGAAACCACAAUUCUAUUGUUGUAAGUUGUAACUAUACACAUAUAUGCAUAUAGCAGAUGACAUGCUGAUGAAUGAAUGAUGAAAAGUGCGUAGUGGAUAAUUAGUGAUGUGGAAAGUAUAUUACAGUGAAUUCUCCUCUCUUGGGGUUUAGACUUUA